AUGGUUGACUCUGUAAGCACUAAUUUUACAAAAUACGACAAUUUGUCGGGAUUCAAAGCUAAAAACAGAAUGCUCGAAGAUCUGGAAAAAUGUCACGACGAAGAUAACUAUCAAACGUCUUAUCUCACGUUUAGAAUAACAGUUGAUGUAAUCAUCGUUGGUAUACUUUGUAUAUUUGGCCUUUUAGGAAACAUUAUUUCCAUGGUUGUGAUGAGAAGUGAUAAAAUAACGUCAGCCAAGACAACACGAUUUCUUUUACAGGGGCUAUCCGUAAGUGACAGCAGUUUUCUCAUCAUGGCCUUCAUUAGCGCAACUCUGAGGGGCAUCAUGAAGUACACAAACUGGGGCGACCCAUUUCACGGACGUUAUCACCAUAUGUACCGCUAUAUUUGGGCUUUGUCAGCAAUUGCCCGAUUGUUAGCUGUCAAUUUUGUCGUUUUGGUGACUAUUGAACGCUACAUAGCAACGUGUCACCCUCUAAAUGUUAAAGUAUGGUGUACAUUAAAGAGAAUCCGUAUAACAGCGACAAUAACCGUACUUGCAUCAAUGUUAUUAAAUAUUCCAAGAUUUUUCGAUUUGAAUCCUGUUGCUUACAAUUAUAAUUGCACAGAUAUCGUCCAUGUCGGUGGAUAUGCAGAUUAUCUGGAGCUAAAUGGUAUGUUCUACUCUGUAAUAUAUGUAACCGUCGUUUACUAUACCGCCGAUGUCAUUAUACCUCUUACCAUCCUCCUUAUACUCAACGCUAAAAUUAUUACAACUCUCAAAAGGAACUUCAAUGCAGUUACAAGAUUGGGAUCUAGUAUCAGCCAAAGAGCUGCAGAGAAGGCACAGGCGAAAGAGAAGAGUAUUACUAUGAUGUGUUUUGUUGUCGUGGUGGUGUUCAUUAUAUGCCAGACCCCCGCAUUUGCUUGUAAUAUUGUAUACACUCUCUAUGCCUUCGGGGUGAAUAUGCCAGAUAGAAACAUAAUGACGUACUGGUAUUCCAUAGGGACGGCAUUAAUUGUGUUGAAUUCAGCAACAAACAUUGGCAUCUAUUUUGUAUUUUCAAAACAAUUUAGACGGGUACUUAGACAUGAAUAUCUGUCAUGCAUAAAGUGAAAUUUAGUUUAGUAAAAGGUUUGAAGAAAUAGUCAGCAAUCUACGCAAUGUACAUCCUUCUAUCUUUGGAAUUAAAACACCCAAGAGACUACGAUUGUUGUAUAUUAAAUUAACGAGUGUCUCUUUGUCAAUACAAAUCUUCAUUAUUAGUAAUAUUUCCAUUGGCAAUGAAAAUUAUUCACAAAGAAAGUGUUGACAAUUAGAAAAGAAUUAUAGAAAUUAUUUUAAAAAGUUUAAGCCUUGAGAACCCAAGAAGAACGUGGCUGAUGUAACCCAGUCCAACCGUGAAUGACCCUAAUCCAUAGGCUAUUUAUCUAAAAUUGUAUAAACUCAUAUCUGAACACUAAAUUAUUCUCUAAAAUCUCCUACAGACAUUGUGUACCAUGCACUAUGUUUUCACGUUUGUUGCUUGACAACAGAUAAACAUAUUGA